AUGAGUGUAGAUGAAGCCCAAAGUACUGGUAUAACCAAAACAAAAGAAAGAAUAGUGGAAGAUAAAAACGAAUAUAUUGUUGAAAAAGAAAGUGAAAAAAUCAUUGAAGACAAGAUUCAGAUUGCUACAAAUACAAAUAAUGUACAGGAACUAAUAGAGCCGGAAAAUAAUUGCUUAGUUACCUCAAAUAAUAAUCAAACUACUCCGUCCCUUGAAAUAUCAGCUACAUCAAGUGAUCGCGACUACACUCCCCCGAAACUAGUAGACUAUUCAAAUUCGGACAGCGAUGAGAUGCCUACAAAAAGCAAUAAGCGAAAAAAAAAGGUUUCAAGUUCAAAAAGCUGCUUGGUAUGGAGAAAAAAAUAA